UUACGACUUCUUCGACUUUAACGUUCGAGUCUUCGACAUCAUUAUCUUUUGCGCCGCAUCAACAUGGACGCAAAAAGUGCUGUCGGCCAGCUGCGCAAAGGCAAGAAACCGGACUGGCCUGCCAAUGCCGAUUCUUUUGAUUUUUCACAGUCUCUUGACGGCAGCAAUGAGAUAUUGAAGACAUUCCGGGAAGAUUUCGUCGUCCCCACAAAGGCCCAGCUUAAGCGGAAAACACUUGUCGACGAUGAGAAGACUGCAGCUCCAGCUUCGAGCCCGAAUGACGAGAUCAUCUACUUCUGCGGCAAUUCGUUAGGUCUCCAACCCAAGGCGGUGGGCGAAUACCUAAAUGCCUACCUGAAGACCUGGGGAUCCAUCGCCGUAAACGCCCAUUUCGCACAACUCGCAGACUCACCAAUCACACCUUACCAGGAUAUGGCCGCCGACUGCUCGAGAAAAAUGUCCGACAUCGUCGGCGCUUGCCCCUCAGAGAUCGUCGCCAUGAACACAUUAACGAUCAACCUUCACCUAAUGAUGGCCGCAUUCUACAAACCCACGGCAAAGAAGAACAAGAUUAUGUGCGAGUGGCGACCUUUUCCCAGUGACUACUAUGCCAUCGAAUCGCAAAUCGAGUGGCAUGGCCUGGACCCCAAGGAGUCCAUGCUCCUCGUACAGCCAGAUGAAGACUAUCUCAUCACAACCGACAAUGUUCUCAACCGCAUCUCCCAAAACGCCGGGGAGCUCGCUCUGAUCCUCCUCCCGGGAAUCCAAUACUACAGCGGCCAACUCCUUGACAUCCCCACCAUCACCGCGCACGCACACAAGCACAACAUCACCAUUGGCUGGGACCUGGCACACGCCGCGGGCAACGUCGAGCUCAAGCUGCACGACUGGGACGUCGACUUCGCAUGCUGGUGCACGUACAAGUACAUGAACUCUGGAGCGGGCGCCGUAGCAGGGGCCUUCGUGCACGCAAAGCACGGCAACAAUGAGCGCUACAUAGGCCUCAAGGGCUGGUACGGCCACGACAAGUCGUCGCGCUUCCUCAUGAACAACAAUUUCCGCCCUACGCCAGGCGCCCAGGGCUUCCAGUGCUCGAACCCGUCCAUUGUCGACCUGACCUGUCUCUCCGCCUCGCUGAGCGUCUUCAACAAGACCUCCAUGGCCCAGCUGCGCGACAGGAGCAUGCUCUUGACUGCGUAUGCCGAACACCUGCUGUCUGGGAUCUCGCAGCGGAAUAUUACGAAUGGGAAGGCACCGUUCCGCAUUAUCACGCCUCGCGAUCCGAGGUGGCGCGGUGCACAGCUUAGUGUGCUGCUUCAGGAAGGGCUUUUAGAGCACGUGAGUACGGCGCUGGAGCAGAACGGUGUCAUCUGCGACAAGCGGAAACCAGGGAUUAUUCGUGUGGCGCCGGCGCCGCUGUAUAAUACUUUUUCGGAUGUGUGGAGGUUCAUGAGUGUUUUUGAGGCGGCGUUGGGCGGAGCCGUGAGCGGGUUGUGUGGGGAAAGGGUAAUGCGUCCUUGAAAUGAGAGGAUAUUCUGACUAUGUUGUUCGUGUAUGGAAUAUGAGGACUCGAGAGGCAAGGUUUUGAGAGUCGAUUUCUCAUUGUGAGCAUACUCGUUGGGUACGGGGGGAUUUUGACGAUCC